GGCCCCUCCUCGGAGGGGAGGGACCGAGGCCCGGGGCCUCCUUCUCUUAGGUCGCAGCCCCCGGGAGCCGGAGAGCCCGAUUCCGAGCGGCCGCAGCCCCCGGGGACGGGCGUCCAGCGCAAGCGCGCGCGCCGGACACUCACUUAACCACUGGGCUCCGCGCCCCCCGCGACCCCCGCGCCCCCCGUGCCCGACGAUGUCUUCCUACAGCCGCGUGGCGCUGGUGACGGGCGCCAACAAGGGCAUCGGCUUCGCCAUCGCGCGCGAGCUGUGCCGGCACUUCUCCGGGGACGUGGUGCUCACGGCGCGGGACACGGCCCGGGGCCAGGCGGCCGUACAGCAGCUGCAGGCCGAGGGCCUGAGCCCGCGCUUCCACCAGCUGGACAUCAACGACCCGCAGAGCAUCCGCGCGCUGCGCGACUUCCUGCGCAAGGAGUACGGGGGGCUCAACGUGCUGGUCAACAACGCGGGCAUCGCCUUCAAGACCAAUGACCCAACACCCUUCGACGUUCAGGCAGAGAAGACACUGAAGACCAACUUCUUUGCCACCCGGAACGUCUGUGCUGAGUUACUGCCCAUCAUGAAACCACAUGGCCGGGUGGUGAACAUCAGCAGCCUGCAGGGGUCCCGAGCCCUGGAGCACUGCAGCCAGGAGCUGCAGGAGAGAUUCCGCUGCGACACCCUCACCGAGGACGACCUGGUGGACCUCAUGAAGAAGUUUGUGGAAGAUGCCAGAAACGAGGUGCACGAGCGGGAGGGCUGGCCCAGCUCGGCGUACGGCGUGUCCAAGCUGGGGGUCACCGUCCUCUCGCGGAUCCUGGCCCGGCGUCUACAGGAGACGAGGAGCGGAGACCGCAUCCUGCUCAACGCCUGCUGCCCCGGCUGGGUGAAGACGGACAUGGCCGGCGAGCAGGGCACCAGGACCGUGGAGGAGGGGGCCGAGACCCCCGUCUACUUGGCCCUCCUGCCUCCGGAUGCCACCGAGCCGCACGGCCAGCUGGUCCGGGACAGAGUGGUGCAGACCUGGUGAAGGGGCCCCGGGGCCGAAUAAAACAUGUGUGGAACGCAGGGCCGGCCAGCUGUGUGGUGCUGGGGCUGGGGGGGGGGUGGGGGCAGUUCCACCCUCCUGGAGAGAAGAAUCUGGGUCUGGACUGGGGUUGGCGAGGCCCGAAGGCUGUAGCCCGGAGGAUACCCCCGUGACAGCGUCCGUGCAUGCUCAGAAGUGGCUGGGGGCCACUCUGGGGGUCUGUUCUUGUGAGCCUUGUGUCUGGAAUAAUCAUUCCUUCUGGU